ACUCUAUUAUGUGUGAGUAGGUAUGGAGAACUUAAUGUGGUGUCUUGCCUCAUUGAGGAAUGCAUGUCUAACAUUGGAGUACUAAAUGACACCAAGUCUACUCCACUUCAUGUUGCAGCAGGUAAUGGACACAGGUAUGUUGUAGAGUACCUUUUGGGCUGCCCUGGAAUCAAUCUGGAUGCAGUUGAUGUGGAGGGUAGGACACCACUGUUAGUUUGCUUGGAGAACAAAAGCAACGAAUGGAGGACCACUGCUCAUUUACUCAGUAGUAGUACGCAGAGCAAAGAAAAUGUUGAUUCUCCUCAUAUUUACAAGAGAAGGUCCACAAUUCAAAUUGAGCUUGAAGAAAUACCAGAAUUGAUAGAGUCAAUUCAAUUUAAGUCAGGAGUGCAAGGAGAAGUAAUACUAGAAGAGGUUCAGGAGGAAUUGGAUGAGCAUCUUGAUGCACGAGGAAGUCUUGCAAACAUUGCUGAUGAUGAUGAUGAUACCUCUCAACUCAAAAAGUCUAUGACAAUACGAAAGGUAGACAUCAGUUUUAUGAACGGUCAUCAUCAAGUGGCCAACUUUUACAAGGGUAAAGCAACUACUGCAGCUGUUGCUCUCCAGGAUACAUGUAGACUCAUACAUUUGGACUAUUCGUACCAAUAUGUUUUCGCUCUUUGGAUAGUCUCAAAAAGCUUUGCUCUCCAGUUAGGAGAUAUUGAUAAGCCAUUGAAGCUUAUAGAAUCAUGGUCGACUCUAAUGAGCAGGUUCUGCAAAGAUGAUACUAAUGAAACGCCUCACCUUUACUUGAGGAGAAACGUCUUUCUUGCAGUUACCAAUGAAAGAAGUAUUUCUGAUGGAGUUGCAUUGCAGUAUCUUUAUUUUGAUGCAUUAAACCAUGUCCUAAGUGGCUAUUAUCCAACAACUGAAGAAGAGGCCUUGCAAUUAGCUACCAUUACAAUGAAGUUAGAGUAUGGUGACUUUAAUCCUGACAUUCACAAUACAAAGUUUAUGAAGGACAGGCUAACUACGCUCCUACCUGCUCAACACACCAAAGGCAAGAAACGUCAGCAACUUGAAAGGAAACUCCUAGCAAAAUACAAGUUUGACAAGCAGAGGGAGAGCGGAAAGUUGAUGUUGUACAACAGCUAUCUUGAGAUAUGCCACAAAUGGCCAUAUUACGGAUCAAGUUUUUACGAAGGGACUGUGAGCAUUAAAGUUUAUCAUGCCACAUCUGAGACACAUCAGACCAAGUCAGUACGCAAGGUCAAGACAAGGCUUGGGAUUAACGCCCUUGGAUUCCAUUUUAUAAACAAAGAAAGCAACGUACCAAUGAGUAGCUAUGCACUGGAUACCAUGAAGUGGGACCUUGCCGGCAAUAAACAAGAAUUUAUACUCGAGUCACUGGACAAGUCGUUGCAAAUAACAGUACAAUCGAAACAGGCCUCAUUGCUUUACAGUAUGGCAACACAAAUGAAAAAUGAACUGGACACUGUAAAAAUAACACUGGACAGGUCACAGUAUUAAAAAAAGAGAGAACCAAAGACAAGAAAAGAGCUACUACAAAUUAAUUAUUCCUUUUGUAUAGUAAAAACUGUUUGUAACGUUUUAACGUCAAA